AUGUUUAAGAGAGUCACCAAAGCCAUAGCAAAUCAAAUGGAUUCAACGGGAGACCUGAUCCCAGUCCCCAGCAUCUUGGACAAUGAACAUUUCAGACCCCUCUGCCUAGUGGUAAGAAAAAGAAAAACCACAUUCCACCCAUCUCCCUCCUACAAACAGACGUGGUACAGACUCGAAGACAUGCUGCUGCCUGGAGAAGGCGAUAAAAGCACAGAACUCCCCUUUCCCAGUGGAGGUGGUGAGGAUUCAAUGCAAGUUACAGUCCAAGAAAGCACCAGUGACAGAAUGGACGGGAACCUGCACCUUCGUGUGUACUCUGUAAGCAAAGAGAUUAAAAUAGCUGUCUCCAUCUCCAAAGAGUUGGCCAUCAAAACGGAGAAGAACCACAUUACACUACAAGCACUUGACUGUCUGAAAAUAAAGAGAAAAAUCAACAUGAAUCACUCCUUCAUUCGACAACUACAGAAAACAGAACAAGAGUUAUACGUGGUUCACGAAACGAUUGCAGCCUCAGAGGCGGCCAGCUACGAGGAAUCCAUCAAGGGAGAGGGGAGCUUCAUGAUCCAGCUCUACGCCAAGUUUUGCGCAGAGGGCUCCAGAGAGCGCAAACAGAGCAUAACUAUUCCCAAGGGCUGCACCCUGGCCUUCAAGGCGAUCCAGCUGGCCAUUAUGGACAGAUCAUGGGAUCUUUACUAUUCCAGUCUAAGCAGCAAAUCACUGUUGGCAUCUGAUGGUUUCUCACAAGGAAAACUAGGAGAAGUGGAGAAAGAAGUUAAAGAGAACUGUCACAUUCUCUCCCAGUUGUCCUCUGACCUGUUCAUCGUAUUUUUAAAAGCCAUCAAAGCUGCAAUGAGAGACAGGAACCUCUUUGAAGAGCUGACCCGGAAAAUGGAAGCAGUUCUUGAUGAAACUGGUAGUUGUGAGUUGAAAACAGAAAGCCCGGAGUUAAAAGACCUGUUGAGCUGCUUGCAGAACACUUCAAGACAUCUUCUCCCUCAGCUGGCAGGAGCAGUCACCUACACCCUCGAUGCAUUAGAUGAGCUCACGGAGGAUCAGCUGCUGCUAUUGCUGGAGUCCUUGGAAGAGAAGAUUGUGUCCCAACAGCUUAAGCUGGUUUCAAGCAUCUUGAAGCAUGGGAAGGGGAGUUUCAGCGUGUGUGCCAGGCUCCUCUCCUUCGCACAAGAGAGGCAACAAAAAUUAACCAUUGCCAUGGUCGAGAUGAGCGGAGCAAAGCUCCGGGCAGAUGGAUCUGCUCUGUGCCCAGAAGAAGCCCUCCCAGCCAUAGCUGCCCUGUGCGUGUCUCUGUACGUCCUCAAUCUUCUGAGUAACUCAGAUUAG